AUCCUCCUCCUCACCCCAGCAUCCAACUACCCCCCGGUCCAGCAACCCCGCCCCGCCCGGGAACCUUCCAGAAGCGCAAGACUCCAAGCCGUCGCCUUCCCAUCCCUUCCUUCCUCGCCGCGGGGGUCGCCUGAGGUAUGCUGCUUGACCAAAACCCCACGAUUUUGGGGGUUUCGAUCGCCUCACUGUGCUGUUGCUCCGCGUAAUCUACUCCGGUCUCCGAUUCCGUGGAAGCAGUCGCGGUCGGAUCUCAGAUCGUUGAUCACAUGAACAAUGGUGAAGGCUGUUGUUGUGCUUGGUAGCAGUGAGGGUGUCAAGGGCACCAUCUACUUCACCCAAGAGGGAGAUGGCCCCACCACUGUGACCGGAAGUGUCUCUGGCCUCAAGCCUGGCCUCCACGGGUUCCAUGUGCAUGCACUUGGUGACACCACAAAUGGCUGCAUGUCAACUGGACCGCAUUACAAUCCUGCGGGCAAGGAGCAUGGAGCACCAGAAGAUGACAACCGCCAUGCUGGAGAUCUCGGAAAUGUCACAGCGGGAGCAGAUGGUGUUGCUAACAUCCAUGUUACCGACAGCCAGAUCCCACUGACUGGGCCGAACUCGAUCAUUGGCAGAGCUGUUGUUGUUCACGCUGAUCCUGAUGAUCUUGGAAAGGGUGGGCACGAGCUGAGCAAGAGCACUGGAAACGCUGGUGGCCGCAUUGCCUGUGGGAUCAUUGGACUCCAGGGCUGAAGCUGAAAGUGGUCGCUGGACUUGAGUGCUGAAAGCGUCGCCUCCUGCCUUGUCACCACCACACCAGUCUGAACAUCCUUGGACAUGUGAAAUAAGAGCACCCGAUCCAUCUAUGAUCAGCGUGUUUGCCGUUCGCACUUGUAGCACCUGCCGAUGAACUGAACAUGUGUUGGUGAACGCUGUUUCUCCUGAAUCUGUGUUACGUGUCGCUUUUGAGAGCGUCCGACUGAUAUAAGUGAAAUAAGAGGGCACCUGUGGAGCGCAUUUCUGGUGUGCUA